AACACUGACAUUGACUGACUGAAGUAAUUUCAAGAAAUAGAAAGAAAGAUCUCUAAUUUGUAAACUAGCAGCGUCUUUAUUUUGAGUUACGGUUGCUUAACUUUGGACAAGUGUUGGGAAACAAUACACAUUGUCCCUGAAUACAUAUACAAUUUAAUUUUAAAGAAAAAAAAACAUCCAAUAUGGGCGAUCAGCAGUUUUUCUUAAAAUGGAACGAUUUUCAAACAAAUAUGGUGACAUCGUUCAGGCACCUGAGAGACGAAAAGAGUUUUACAGAUGUAACACUUGCUUGUGAAGGACAGACAUGUAAAGCACAUAAAAUGGUGUUGUCAGCGUGUAGUCCAUACUUUAAAAGUUUAUUAGAGGAGAACCCUUCAAAGCACCCCAUAAUAAUCCUGAAGGACGUCUCGUACCUCCACCUGCAGGCGAUCCUCGAGUUCAUGUACGCGGGCGAGGUGAAUGUCUCUCAAGAACAGCUGCCCGCCUUCCUCAAAACAGCGGCUAGACUUAAGGUGAAGGGUCUGGCCGAGCCCCCACCACAAAUGCCGAGCAUCAAACGCGAAGGCUAGCCCACCGACAGUUAGCAAGUGCCCUAAAGACUCUAGUGAUCCUAGAAACACCAAUGUAACAUACCAAUAACAUACACUCACAUAUUUGUGGACUGCAAACUUUAUUAGGGCUCUAGACAUGCAGCUAAAGUAAAAAAGAUAUGACUGUACAGGCGUAGUGCCUUUGACUAUCCGGGACAAAUAAAAAAAUAAUCAAUAAAAUAUUUUUACGUAUUUCCGGAAUACACUUUCGAAGUCAGAUAGUGAUCUGAAUUAAUUAGUUGCUUCACAUGAAUUUUAUAGAUUUUAUUAUUAAUUAUUAUGUACAUAACACGUUAUUGUUAAAUCGAAUGGUAAUAUUAAAAUUGUGUGUAGGGUAGUACGAAAUAUCCCCACACAGUAAAGCAAUACUUCCCCAUUUCCCGUUGUUCUUAUUUAUAUGUUUGCUCUGGCCAUAUACAGAUAAUUAAAAAAAUAAUAUUUAUGACCAUAGCAAACAAAAUUAUUUCUUUUUUUUUUGUACACAGUACAUAUAAUUUUAGUAUUACUAAAUAUAAGUACACAUCACAGUUUUAAUAAUUUAAGUCCAGUCUUUAAUUUCAUAAUAUAGUAUAUAUGAGACAGCUGCUUGUCUAUAGCCAAAAAUCAUAGACAAUAUUUACAUAGUGUAUUGAAUUUUAUAUAUUUUGGUAUUAACAAAUACACUAAUAUGAUCUUGUAAUAGAAAUAUGCGUCUUGCAUUUUAAUUCAGUGCUAUUUUUUUAAAUAAAAUACAACACUAAAUACUAAAAUAUUUAUAUAAUAUUCAACAUCGACCAACUACAAUAAAAGACUACAUUUAAAAUUAAACUUAGAGCCUUGAAUUUAGGCUCAAAUUAAUUUGUCUGCAUCUUCCCCUAAAUAUAAAUAUUAUGGAGUAAGCAGAUAAUAAAUUCUGAUGUCCAUGAUACAAAAGAAAUUUAACUCUCAGUAAUUUCAUUUUCACAUACUUUGUAAUCAGU